ACUUGGAGAAACCACUUCAGUGUCCGGAGGAGCGCGUGAGGCGCUUACUGUGGGUUUCAGGAGGCUGUUUGUGAACGAAUGAAUGAGGACCUAAAGGUGCCGUAAACUAUUCGGGAUUCGGACUCUCUGUCGAGCCUGCCGAGACAACGGGAGCCAUGGAUUAUAUUAAAAAAGGCACUUAUCUCUCCAUCUUUAUUUUGAUAGUUGUCGGUACCUGCCAUGCUCUCUUGGACCGAUUUCUUGGGGAGAACUACUCAGAUCCGAUGUUCUCCCAACAUCUGGACUCAGAAGAUGACAUCCAAGUUACCUCGUGCGAUUUUGAGACAGCAUGCCACUGGACUCUAUCAAAUCACAGCGACCAAAGUGACUGGUCAGUGGGGUCGCCACAGCAACCAGAAGGCACUCAGGCGGCGAUGAUGCCAGUGACUGAUCACUCAGUGGGAAGCUCCGACGGGCACUUCCUCCUGCUGAGCCCCCGGGCUUCCGUCGAGGCCCCCGGUCGAUGCGAGCACCACUUGACCAGCCCGGUGCUGCCGGGAAGCGACAGGCGCUGCGUCUUGCAGGUGGCCGUGUACGAAUCCAGUCCGGCGGUGGGGAACCUCACGCUCCUGAUCAGGCCGGUCGACUCGGGCUCGGCGGUUCGCUCUGCGGACCUCGACCGCAGCGGAGCGCGUGACCGCAGGGCUGACUGGGAGGUUCUGCAGAAUGCCAUUGGUGAGAUGGACGAGCCCUUCCAGGUGCUUCUGGUCUACACCUCCUGUUUGAGGAAAGAUGAAGGCACCUUGGCCCUGGACUCUCUGGAGUUCAUAGACUGUGAAUCGGAACACCAGUUCAUCGGAGAGGAAGCGGCUUGUGCGGAAUCUUUCCACUGUGAGAAUUCAGGAGUCUGCAUCGACCAGAGCCAAGUGUGCAACUUUCACACCGACUGUCCUUUAGGGGAGGACGAGGGAUUCAUCUGUGGUGCUCUUCCAUUUGGAUCUCACUGCUCAUUUGAGGAGGAUGAAUGUGGUUGGUCCGCUUCCAACCAGCACUCGGCCUGGAGAAGAGUAGCUGGACACGAACUUCUGGAGAGAGAAGACAUGCAGGGUGUCACUCUGAAGAGAACACCAGGGCACUUCCUGUUUCUGCAGGUACGCGAGAGUAAUUCCCUGCGACAGGCGUCCAUUCAGAGCCUGUCUUUUCAUCCCCCGGUCUCCACCACUGCAUGUCAGUUGCGUUUCUCUCUGUACCUCUACGGGAAGUUUAAUGGCACUUUGCUGGUGGCUAUAGAGGAGAAGGGGACUGGAGCGGCUCCGCUGGUGUGGGAGAGAAAUGACCAGUGGUCGGACGACUGGGAAGAUGUUGCCCUGCAGCUGACUGGCCUUCAGCACGGGUUCCACGUCAAGGUGACAGCUGUGUGGGGAAAAGGCUCCAAUGCUGAUGUUGCUCUUGAUGAUAUUGCAAUUGGUGCUGCCUGCUUCGAGACGGAUCUGAACUUGCUCCUGCCCCUGGUUCACUCGGGGGAUUUCUUGAGCCCUCUUCCAGAGCCUUCAGCCUCAGAGGUGUCUUUGAUGACGUGGUUGUUCAACUCAUGUGGUGCGAGUGGUCCCCUCGGCCCGACCCAGGCCCAGUGUGACAGUACCUACAGGAACCAAAAUGUCAGCGUGACUGUGGGGAAGGAAGAUCCCCUGAAAGGAGUCCAAAUGUGGAGGGUGCCUGCUACAAACAGAUACCUGAUCUCUGCUUACGGGGCUGCGGGGGGGAAAGGAGCCAAAAACCACAACAAGCGCAACCACGGGGUCUUCAUAUCUGCCACGUUUCCUCUGGAGAAAGGAGAUAUUCUGUACAUCUUGGUGGGCCACCAAGGAGAGGACGCCUGCCCUGGGAGAAAUCCCCACACGCAGAGGAUCUGCUUGGGAGAGUCGUCGGUGAUAGAAGACAAACUGAGGGGGGAGAGCAGUGUGGAGUGGGCCGGAGGAGGAGGCGGAGGAGGGGGGGCCACCUACAUCUUUAAGAUGGAGGGAGAUGACCUGGUUCCCUUGCUGGUUGCGGCUGGUGGAGGAGGAAACGCCUACAUGGAGGACCCAGAGUCCAGUCUGGACAAGAUACAACUGGAACAGUAUGAAAACAGCACCAAAGCGCCCAGCACCAACGGCCAGACCGGGGCUGCAGGUGGAGGUGGAGGCUGGAAAGACAGUCAAAGUUCCCACCUGAAAGCGGGAAAGUCUCUGGUGGAGGGCGCCGAGGGGGGGUCCUCGUGUUCCCUCGCCCUGUCCAAGCUCAGCUGGUCGACCUUUGGGGGAUUCGGAGGCGGAGGCGGGGCCUGCACAGCUGGAGGCGGUGGAGGAGGUUACAGAGGAGGUGACGCUGCACUGAAAGACGAGAUCACAUCGGACGGUCAGAACGGAAUCUCAUUCAUUCAUCCGAUGGGAGAGAUAUUUCUUCAGCCUCUGGCAGCCAUGGAGAGUCAUGGCGAUUGUGAGAUCAAGGUGCAGCUGAACUGCAGCCACUGUGAAACACAGAGCUGCAAACGGGAAAAGAAUACCCACCUCAUCCUCUGUCUCUGCGAAGACGACAACAAAGUCCUGGCCAGCGACAACGUCACGUGUGUCAGCAGCGUGGACCACGAAGGCCCGGCUCCGCAGGGCAAGAUGUCGACCUCUUUGAUCCUGGCGGUCGUGGUCUCCACCGCCGCGAGCGGCGCCGCGCUGAUCGGCACGGCCGUCAUUCUGAUGUGGUACCGCAGGAAGAACAACCUAGAUGCAGUGAGGGGGCAUCUGUGGAGUCCAGAGUACAAGCUGAGCAAGAUCCGCUCCUCCACCAUCAUGACGGACUACAACCCCAACUACUGCUUUGCGGGGAAGGCCGCCUGCCUCAAUGAACUGAAGGAAGUGCCACGCAAGAACAUAACGCUUCUCAGGGCUCUUGGCCACGGUGCAUUCGGUGAAGUCUACGAAGGACAAGUUCUGGGCAUGAGCGGCGAUAACAGCCCGCUGCUGGUGGCCAUAAAGACUCUUCCAGAAAUCUGCUCCGAACAGGAUGAAAUGGAUUUCCUGAUGGAGGCCCUGAUUAUGAGCAAGUUCAACCAUGACAACAUUGUGCGCUGCAUCGGCGUCAGCCUUAACAUCCUGCCUCGUUUCAUCCUGCUGGAGCUCAUGACAGGAGGAGACAUGAAGAGCUUUCUGAGACAGAACAGGCCACGGGCUGGCCAGACCUCCACUCUCACCAUGCGGGAGCUGCUGCAGAUGGCCAGGGACAUCGCCUUCGGCUGUCGCUACCUGGAGGAGAACCACUUUAUACACAGAGACAUUGCUGCUAGAAAUUGUCUGCUUACCUGCCCUGGACCAGACAGAGUGGCCAAAAUUGGCGAUUUUGGUAUGGCACGAGACAUUUACAGAGCCAGUUAUUACAGGAAAGGUGGCCGCGCCAUGCUGCCGGUCAAAUGGAUGCCACCGGAGGCCUUCAUGGAGGGAGUCUUCACAUGCAAGACUGAUACAUGGUCGUUUGGAGUGCUGCUGUGGGAGAUCCUAUCUCUGGGAUUCAUGCCGUAUCCCUGUAAAACCAACCAAGAGGUGCUGGAGUUUGUCACCAGUGGAGGCAGAAUGGAUCCUCCCAAGAGCUGUCCAGGGCCUGUCUAUCGCAUCAUGACCCAGUGUUGGCAACACUGUCCUGAGCACCGGCCCAACUUCUCUACUAUCCUGGAGAGAAUUGACUACUGCUCUCAGGACCCGGAUGUGAUCAACACACCCCUGCCCGUUGAAUACGCCCCCGCUGCAGACGACAAAGGUGGCCCAGCCAUCCUCCCCUCUGACCUCACCAGCCUCACUCCCCUCUUGGUGUCCCAUCCUGUUUCCCAGGCUUUCCCCUCCCAGCUGGGCCUCUCCUCUCUGGGCCUCGGCCCAACACCGCCUCCCCCGCAGCCUACGAAACCCCGGCUGCUCCUGCAGAGGACGCAACCCGUCCACCACGAGGUGACGUCGUGCCGCGAGGCUCUGCAGCCGUGCUGGGCGGAGCCCGUCCCGGCCCCCGGUCUGCCAGCAGGAGGCCUCUGGCUCCACCCCGAGCCUGCCGGUCACCAGCCGUGCUCCAGGAACAGCUCCUCCUCGGGGAGCCAGAGGCCGAAGAACAAGACGAAGAACUUGUGGAACCCCACAUACGGCUCCUGGGUUUUGGAAAGCUUCCGGGGGAAGAAAACACUCGCUCACACUCAGUCCAUGCCGCUGUCAAGCUCCGCCUCCAACACGCAGGCCCCUCACGCAUGCAACCCAAGCUCGGAAAACAACGAGGCUGAGUGCAACGGCACCCACCUCAGCCCCCCCGGCCUGUGCGCUGCCUCUACCUCGCCCCCGUCCGGCCUGACUAAAACGCCCCCGAGCGCGUCCUCCCAUAAGACCCCAACAAGUGGCCCCGUCAAAGCCGGCGUGGACCUGGCUAAGCUCCAGAGUUUCCCCUGUGGCAACGUCAACUAUGCCUACGACGAGCAGAGCUACGAGGCAGAGGGCCUGCCCCUGGUCCUCCCCAAAACCCCGGAGGCCGUCAAAAACAGCAGCUUCGCCCCCGUGGCCUCCGCAGGGGCCGGCCUGGGACUGGCCUUCGGCCUCCACGCAGCCUCCUCCUGUGUGCCCAAGCUGCUGCUGAAGCGCCACGCCAGCUACGGACACGAGGACGUGAGGCGGCACGCCAAAGUCGAGAAACCCACGCGGGACCGAGACUCCGGCUUUUCCCUGUCCGAAGACCUCAGCGUUAACCCCGUCUGAGAAACGUUUUUUCCGUUCUAGUGUUGGAGCCACAGCAUCAAGUUAUUGGAGCUGCACUGCGGUACAGAGAGGCAGCUGGCCUCUGUCACACUGGUACACAUGCAGCCCUGUGAUGGCUCAAGUUCUGCUGUAGUUUGACUCCUCUUUUACCUAUUUGUUGUUGUUUAUUUUCAUGGAGGCGUUAAAAGUAGUAUAUGUUGCAUUAUAGCACACGUUUCGUUGGUAUUUGUAGUAAUCUGUGUACAGUAGGAAUUUAAACAGAUAAAAUAUUGAGCCGUUGAGAAGAGAAUCCCCUUACUUUAAUUUAUUUAUUUUGAUUUCAAAUGAUGGAGACUCAGUGACGUCAGCUACACAGCAAUAAAACGUCUCUGAUCUUUUCCUCCUACACAAAGUCUACUCCCUGUUUCCAGCAUGUCCCCAGCUGAUGGAGUUUUCCCAGUAGCUCAUAGGCACUGGCACAAGUGUGUGUGUGUAUCUCAGUACUAGUUGUGCACACAAGGACAUCUUAAACCUUGAUUUUAUUUUAGGUUGUCACAUGAACUCUGGCUGAUGACGCUGGUUUUGGUUUAUUGUUCGCCGACAGUCAGAAAGAGUCAGGACAUAUUUCUCCAUUUACACCCACUUUACAGUCGCUUUGUGUGCAGUGUUAAAGUAAAAGACGUGCAAUGUGUUGGUCGCUGGAUUUUAGAGUUGCAAGGAUGCAGAUAUAUUUUCCUCUCGGCCAAGCCAGACUAGCCGUUAGCAUUCUUUGUGCUAAUCUAAUCUGAACUGCCUCCUGGCGAUAGAUUCAGACUAACAGUGCAAACAGUUAUGUGGUGGUAUUGAUUUGACAAGUAGGGAUAUUUCUCAACAACAAAGUGUUAAACUACUUUCUUGUAAGCCUUGAAUCCCUAUAAAAAUCACCUCCUGUAUCUUCUGGGCUGAGAUUUAUUUUGCAUAUAUUUGGAGUUGGCAUUGCAUAUUUUUGACUAUUCUUUCCCCGUGUGGAAAUAUUUCCUAAUAGUAUAAGCGUGUAGUAUUAGAUGACCUCGCAGCUGUGAAAAUAUUUGCUCUGUUUGUAUUCUCUUCUGUACGCUGCACUAACCUGCUGAAAUUGUAGCUGUUUUUUUUAUUUAUUAAUAUUAACUAAUGUUAAUCUGUAUUUGUAGUUGAUCACUGCCAUUGAACACCACAGCACUGCAUCAGAUGGUGCUGUGCUUGUAGUACCGAUGUUUACUCUGCAGGGGGAGGUAUUCCGCCUUGGAUCUACCAAACAUGCUGCUGCAGGUAUCUCGAUUCCAGGGAUUAUUCCUUAUUAUUUCUCAUUUUCGUAGUUAUAUACUAUACGUGUCUUUUGAGCCAAAACAUGUUGAUAGUUUUUGAGCCAAAACAUGUUGAUAGUUUAUUUUUUUGAAUGUUGUCUGAAUAGUCACACAUAAAAGUGUUCUAUAGUCUUUCUGUUUGCCUCAUAUUAUUAGUGAGGCUAACAUUUUAUUAGUAGUAGUUUUGUGCCAUUCAGAAAUAUGGAUAACUGUAGGGUUCAUUUUACAGAGAAGGAAAAAUGUCUUGCUUAUACAAUCUUUAAGUCUAGUACGUUGUAUUUCCCACUAACUUAACUUUUUAAUGUGUUAUUUAAUGUUGUUGAUGAAUGAGUAAACCAAAAAUGCCAAGACAUUCUAUGCAAUAUACCGUCUUUUACCUUUUCGUCUAACCUCAUUGUGCCCCAAAUAAAUCAAUAUAUAUUGA